AUGACUAAAGAUUGUUCUUCAUGUGGAAUUCGUCUUAGGAAUAGUACGUAUUAUUCAGAAGAUGGUAAUUGGUAUUGUACCAAUUGUUAUGAUAUUCGAUUUCGUCCAACAUGUACAAAAUGUCAUCAAAAGAUUAAAAGUGACCAAAAAGGAUUAAAAUCGAAUAAUACAAAUUGGCAUAACGAUUGUUUUAAUUGUGCACGUUGUAAUAAAUCAUUAGUUCAUUUAUCAUCGUCAUACACAAAAAAUGAUCAACCUUAUUGUUCCAAUUGUUAUCAAAUGAAAUUUUUACCAAAAUGUAAUGAAUGUGGGGAGACAAUUAAAUUUGAUGAUAGAUCUGUGACUUUCCGUGGAAAUGAACUUCAUACGCAAUGUUUCAAAUGUUCUUCUUGUAGGAUAACAUUAGGAACUCAAAUCUAUUAUGAACACAAUGGGAAUUCUUAUUGUCGAAAAUGUGACAAUGAGAAAUUUUGUCCAAAAUGUUCUCAAUGUAAUGUUCCUAUUUCACGGGGUAUAAAUUAUUCAAAAAUAGAUGGUUCUAUAAUGCAUUCGACAUGUUUUACAUGUUUUACUUGUGGAAAUACAAUUGGAGGGAAAUAUCGAGAAAAAUAUGGUCAUUAUUACCAUCCAUAUUGUGAUGAUAAAUCGAACACUUCAGCCAAAACUCUUAUUGAAUCGCCAAAACCAACAAUCAAAGUCAAGUCGAAUAAAGAAACUUCAGAUGACUUUACUCGUCCUAAAUCUACAUACAGACAGACAUCAGCAUCAUCAAAGGUUUCUGAAAUUAGUGAAUUUUACAAUGCUUGUCGAGAUAAUAAUAUUGAUUUUGUGAAAAGAAAAUUGAAAACAAUGACAAUAGAAGAAAUAAAUCAAAUUGAACCAAAUGGAUCAACAGCACUUCAUGUCGCUUCAUAUCGUGGACAUGAAGAAAUUGUUGAUUUAUUAUUAGAAAAUGGAGCUUCUCAUAUGAUAACAAAUCGAUAUCAAAAUACCCCACUUGAUGAAGCAAAAACAGAAAGAAUUCGAAAAUUAUUUCAUAAUCGAAGAAAGAAAACUCGUUUUAUUAGCGAUUUUGUUGAAUGGAUUAUUUCAACAGAUAAUGCUGAUUUUCAAUCAAAUAUAUUUUUAAAAAAAUUAGAAACAUAUGGAAAAGAUUUUGAUCUUAAUCAAAUGAUUAUUCAUAUUAAAGAAAAUUAUCUUCCAAAACUUCUGAAAUAUUCUUUAGAUCUUCAAAUAAUUGAAGAAUAUUUUGAUUUAGCAAUAAAAGGAAAAGAUCCUUUACAAUUAUUAAAAGCUUAUACAACUGAUACAGAAUUUUAUUCUUCAUUGAAUAUUAAUUUAGCAAAAUUACAUCUUGAAAAUCUGACGGAAAAAGAAAAUCUUGAUCAAGUUUAUUUUAUUGGAAUCAUUGCACAUCAUCCAAAAUUAGAUCAAUUAUCAUUUACUGGAACGAUUUAUCGUGGAAUGAUUAUUAAUAAUGACAAUUUUAAACAAUAUAAAAUUGGGACAAAGAUUUUAACAAAAACAUUUUCAUCAGCAUCAAAAAAUCGAAAUAUUGCAUUUAGAUUUCUUAAUGAAAAUAUUGAAAAACAUUGUCAAUUAAAUGUCAUUUGUAUUUAUCAAAUACGAAAUAAUCGAACUGCAUUAGAUAUUGAACAUAUUUCGAUAUUUAAAGAUGAAGAAGAAGUAUUAAUAUUACCUUUUUCAGCAUUUAAAAUAAUUGAUAUUCAAACAAAAGAUCACAAAUCAAUUCAAGUUGAAAUUACUUUAAAAGAAUGUGAACCAUGGUGA